UGCCUUUAGCGUGGGGUAGCAGGCGAGCCGCAUAGACGCCGGAUGUAUUUCAGCCGUGUGCUCAUCCUUCCAACUUCUGCUGCUUCUCCUUCGCUGCCUUUGUGUCUUUAGGCAAACAUGCAGACCAUCAAAUGCGUGGUGGUUGGAGAUGGUGCGGUCGGUAAGACAUGUUUACUCAUCAGCUACACCACCAACGCAUUCCCUGGCGAAUACAUUCCCACUGUCUUCGACAACUACUCUGCGAAUGUGAUGGUCGAUGGCAAACCCGUUAGCCUUGGUCUGUGGGAUACGGCCGGUCAAGAAGACUACGACAGAUUGCGUCCCUUGUCCUAUCCACAGACCGAUGUCUUUUUGAUUUGCUUUUCACUGGUCAGCCCGCCAUCAUUCGAGAACGUGCGGACAAAGUGGUGGCCGGAAAUCAGUCACCACGCGCCCAAUAUUCCCAUGAUUCUGGUCGGAACCAAGUUGGAUUUGCGAGAAGACCCGGACACGAUCAUGAAGCUGCGGGACCGCAGAAUGCAGCCCAUUGGAUACCCGCAAGGCAACCAAAUGGCGCGUGACAUUGGAGCGGUCAGGUAUCUCGAGUGCUCAGCCUUGACGCAGAAAGGUCUCAAGGGCGUCUUUGACGAGGCCAUCAGGAGCGUUCUUGCGCCUGCACCCGUCAAGUCAAAGAAGAAGCGCGCUUGCACCAUCCUUUGAUGCGAGUCGGCAUAAAGCGCAUCAUUUUUCCCAUUACCGUCACUGCGCUUCUGCGGACUUUGAGAAAGGAGCAACGAGUGGGCAGAA